UCUUUCCCCUUUUUAUUCUUUGAAUUGUCGUAUCGUACACAACCGGUAAAUCCAGUAUUAUUUCAUUUGGCUUAUUUCCUUGCGCAAUAAAUUGAAUUUGACUGCUUGAUUUUUUUGUAUGCGUAUUUGAAUAAAACUUAUAUACAUAGAUUAUGUCUACCUCUUCGAUUAAAUUAUCUUUAGCUGAAUAUUCUGCCGAACUUAUGGUGUAUUUUGAGAGACAUAAGCUAAUUGAAAUCAUAACGCGUUUAAUGGUUGAAAUUGGUCUAGUCCGACCGACCAAUCCACAGCAUUGGAUUGCUACAAACAUUCGUCGUAUUGCCGAUGAGUUCUAUCAUAAAUGUUUAGAAGCAAGUUAUAUGGCUAACAAAAUUGACUACUUUAAAUUACCAAGACACUUUCAUCAUCGUAUAAUCAUAUUUGGACGCAGUGGUUCCGGUCGUAAAACUCAAGCGCUCUCAAUCGCUAAGCGUUUCAAUUUAGUAUAUAUUGAUGCUGAAAACUUGAUAUACACAACGUUUUUCCGCAACGACAUAACCGCACAAAUACUGCAUAAAGCAUUUAUGGCUGAUGUGGCAAAGGAUAAGUCUGCAGCAUUAUCUAAAGUCAUACAACAGCGUCUAUUACAAAUGGAUGCACUACGUCAGGGUUGGGUGCUGAGUAAUUUUCCUAGAAAUGUUGAGGAAUUUACUGAAAUUUUUGAAAAAUUUAAAAUUCCACCUAACAAAGUUAUAUACUUGCAAUGUCCAGAAAUAAUGGCGAUGAGACGUUUGGUUACCAAACCAGAUUUGGGUUGCCCACAAAAUAACUGCAAAUAUAUGGAACAUGAGAUGUUGUACUUUUCGCAAAACGAAGAAGCAGUUAAUGCGUAUCUCGCACGUCGUCAUGAGACAAUCUAUAUAGACUCAACGCCUUGCUUUGAAGCAGUACGUACAAACUUAUGGACACAAAUGGAGCGCUUACCAUAUGUGAUGGGUUACAAAAGAUAAAAAUUAAUUGUUCAACGGCUACUUAUGUUUUCGACUUUUUCGCACUUCUCUCCUCCACGAUGCCGACACGUACAUAUGUAAGUUACUUUCCGGGAUAUGUACAUAUGUAUGAACUUUAUUUAAAAGAUCUCUAAAAA